GAUGGGGCAGCAAAGCAGCGCCGUUGUGCGCGUGCUCCUGCAGUUGCUGGCGCUGGCAGCGCUUCUGCCGCCGUCGCCCGCCGCCGCCAGCUCCUCGCCCCGGUGCCACCUGUACGGCCUGCCCGGCUGCCCCAAAAACUUCAGCCCUGUGUGCGGCACAGACGGGCACACCUACGGCAACGAGUGCAUGCUCUGCCUGACCAACAGGGAAAAUGGAAAGGAUGUCAAAAUUUCCUGGAAGGGAACCUGCUGAUAUGGUUGCAUUAAACCUUGAAGAAAAUGGAAUGGAUCAAUGCCAGACUGAAGUGGAAACAGUAUCUUAAAUAUGCCUUAUAAGUAGCUUUGCCUGAAUAAACAAACAUGCUAGUUUUGCUGUUACACUGACUUUGAAUAGACUAAAUACUGUACUUUUAAUAAAAAUAGGUGUGUUUAUGAA